UUUGUCAACAGUCUUUUCCUCAAAAUAAUAAUAAUAAAUAUGGACAACCUAAACGGUCAUGUGAUGACCCUUGCUAACAGUAUUAUCGGCGUCAGCAUUCUAGCAAUGCCAUAUUGCUUCAAACAGUGCGGUAUCAUCCUUUCAAUACUCAUGCUGCUGGUCAGCAGUGUUAUUUCUCGAUUAUCUUGCCAUUUCUUACUGAAGUCAGCAAUAAUAGCAAGAAGAAAAACCUUCGAAUUCUUGGCAUUUCACAUAUUCGGCUGCGCUGGAAAAUUUGCAAUAGAAAUAGGCAUUAUUGGUUUCUUGCUUGGAACCUGCAUUGCAUUCUUCGUAGUCAUGGGCGAAUUGGGACCGCAGAUCGUCGUUGAAAUGACUAGUAUUCCUACCACAAGUACUAUGAGGACAAGUAUACUGAUGGCGUUGGCGUUGUUUGUUGUGUUACCAUUAGGAAUGUUAAGGAAUGUUGAUAGCUUGUAUGGAGUUUCAAAAGCUACAAUUGCAUUUUACUGUUGUCUAGUGUUGAAUGUGGUUUUUGAAGCAGUUCCACAUAUUUUGACUGGAGAUUGGUACCAGAAUGUGAGCUUUUGGAGGCCAGAAGGGUUAAUGCAGUGUUUACCAAUAUUUUCAAUGGCUUUAUUUUGCCAGACACAGCUCUUUGAAAUGUACCAAGCUAUUGGAUUAGUUGGAUCAACCAUUAGCAUCAUGAUAUGCCUCCUCUUUCCUAUAACAUGUUUUAUAUGCAUAUCUCAGAAAAAUACAAAUGAAAGACUUGUGGCCCAGUUAAUGCUGUUUGUGGGUAUAUUCAUAAUGGUUUUGGGAACCUAUGAGAAUUUGUAUACUGUUGAUACUGUGGAAGUUAACAAAAUUGGUUCUACUAGCCCAGUGGAUUCUAUUCAUCAUGCUUCUGUAGUCAAAAAAAAGUUUCUACCACUUGUCACAAUUUUGGUAGCAGAAAAACCUGUUACGAUGAAGAAGAUUGAGGUAAAAACAGAAAUUCCUUUAAAAAUCACAGAAAAGACACGGGUCAAAGAAAUCAGGCAUGAACCCCCACAACCAGUUGAGCCAUCUGAGGAAGAAGUUAAAAUAAAAAAUGAGGUGAAGUUGACUACUCAGCUUAUAGUUCAAAAUGAUACUAAACUUGAACAAGUCGAUAUAGAGGCAAUUAAAAAAGAAGAUAAAGAAGAGCAAGCUGCCAAGCAAGAUAUUAAAGGUGACCCAAAUAAAGCAUUGUUAGAUACAAUUCAAAAACAAAAUGAGGUUCAAAAAGAACUAGUAGAAAACCAGAAAAAGAUUUUGGAGGUAAUUCAAAGUCAGCAAAAGAAAGAUGAAUCUAGAAAUGUGGAAAAGUUGAAUGAAGAGAAAGUGAAGGCUGUCAAGCAAAUUCAGGAUAUAGCACAGAAAGCUAUUGAAAAAAUUAGCGGUGGAGAAAAAAGUAUAGCAGCUAAAGAAACUGACAGAUUGAAGAUAAUUGAAAACACAAGUGAAGUAAAACAAGGUGGGGAGAAAAUCAAUGAAUUUCAACAGAAGGUUACACCAAAUCUGUUGGAAGAAGUGAAGAUGUCGAAUGUACCAGAGAAGAUACCAGAAAAAUCCCCCAACAAACCAAUUUUGAAUGAAGUUAAUAGCCAAGAGCAAGCAAAACAGAUUCAAAAGGUGAUGGAAGUUAUAAAAAAGCAUAAUAUUGAUGUGAACCAGAUAGUCAAGUACACAAAGUCUGUAGAAAAGAGCAAUGAUAUGCAGUAUAAAGUGAAAGGCACAGUUAAUGUAACUAAACAAAUAAUUGAAGAAAAUAUAAAAUUGACUGAAAAAAUUGACAGCAAAACAACUAAAAGCUCAAACAUAUCUGCAAAACAAUCUCCUUUGCCUGUUCAACUUGACAGUUUUGGAAACCACAUCAGUAAAAACAAUACUGCCCCAUUGUUUAUGAAUUUGGGAAAGAAGCUUGAGAAUGAAGGUGGAUCAAAACAGAUACCAAUUCCCUGAUCAAUAUCUUUUAAAAAUGUAUCGAACCCCAAGGCUGUAGAUCUUAGCAAAAAAUCAUUAAACACUAGUUUGAAGCUUCCUGAGGUCAAAAUCAAUGAGAGAACUCCUGAAAUAGAAGCUAUCCCAGAAGAUGUGGCAGCAGUUAGAAGAGAUAUUUUACAGUUUAUAAGUAGGGGAUAAAAAGACUAAUAAACUACUUUUAUUUGUGAUUUGAAAAAUAAGCUAAAUUUGUACCUAAUGUAAAUAAUAAACAGUUGGA